CAUAUUUACACUAUCUGAUAUUUUCCUGCUAGAGAGAAAAAAAAAAAAAGAGAAGAAAAAAUGGUUGGUCCAGCCUACGAUUCCAAGAACUCCAUUUCUGCUAACAAUCCCACCAAGAAGCUUCUUCUCUCCCCUGAUUCUUUUAUCAAUCUCGAUCACGGUGAUCCGACGAUUUUUCAGCCGUACUGGAGGAAGAUGGGUGAGAGGUGUACGAUGGAGAUUUCAGGCAGUGACUUGAUGAGCUACUUCAGUGAUGUUGGGAACUUCUGCUGGUUUCUCGAACCGCAACUCCGUGAUGCGAUCAAGAGGCUGCAUCGUACCGUCGGGAAUGCAGUGACGGAGGAUCGAUAUGUGCUGGUGGGCACGGGCUCAACACAGCUGUUUCAGGCUGCGCUUUACGCUGUCAGUUCUCCUGGUGGAAGCGACCGCACCAGUGUAGUUUGCGCUGCUCCUUACUACUCGUCAUAUAAAGAGGAGACGGACUUCCUGCAAUCAGGGCUCUAUAAAUGGGCAGGUGAUGCAUAUGCUUUUGAUAAGGAAGGACCUUACAUUGAGAUUGUCACCUCACCAAACAAUCCUGAUGGUUCUAUCCGAGAAGCUGUGGUGAACCGAGAGGAAGGCAAGCUUAUCCAUGAUCUGGCCUAUUAUUGGCCACAAUACACUCCCAUAACUCGCCCAGCAGAUUAUGAUAUCAUGUUGUUUACAUUCUCCAAAAGCACUGGACAUGCUGGUUCCCGAAUUGGAUGGGCUAUUGUGAAAGAUGAAGUGGUGGCCAGGAAGAUGGCAAAAUUCAUAGAGCUUAGCUCCAUUGGUGUGUCUAAAGAAUCACAGCUCCGAGCUGCGAAGAUCCUAGGAGUUGUUAUUGAAGGCUGCCAGCAUUUUGGGACUGCUGAUAUAGAGAACUUCUUUGAGUAUGGGCAGCGCCUGAUGUCUGAAAGAUGGGAGAAAUUGAAAGCUGUUGUUAAAAACAGUCAAAUUUUCGGUCUGCCUAAGUACCCAAUUGAGUGGUGCAGCUUCACUGGAAAGUACAUAGAAUCACACCCUGCCUUUGCGUGGUUGAAAUGCAAGGAGGAUACAGACAUUGAAACUAUUUUAAGAGCAAACAAGAUGCAGACGAGAGGUGGGGAGCGUUUCGGAGUCGGUCGAGAGUACGUCAGGAUUAGCUUGCUCAGUCCAGAAGAAAUGUUUAACCUUUUUCUGGAGAGGCUAUCAGCAAUUGAAGAGAAAGGCAUCACCUAUGAAAAAAAUCAUAAGUAACCGAGUCAUAUGGCAUACCAGAUGGUUGACAGGGCAGGGAUUCAGACUAGUUUUAUGCAUGGGACCCCGAGGAUGAUAAUGUAGAGUAGCUUUAGAUUCAUCCAUCUGGAGGUUAGGUUAAUUUCGUUUGCGGCUUUGUUUUAUAUAGCUAUACAGUUAAAAGGGUACCUUUGAAUCUGUGUAAACAAAGUGAAGUCCUAUCAAGAUUUACUAUUAUCCUAUUAACUGUUUCAGCAAUAAUAAAUAAGGCUUUGUUUUCAA